GACGGCACUGACUGGCAUCACUGCUGGGGAGGGGCACUGACUGGCGGCACUGACUGGCACAACCGCUGGGCACUGACUGGUGGCACUGACUGGCAGCACUGCUGGGCUGCACUGGUGGGUGGCACUGGUGGGCAGCACUGGGUGGGUGGGCACAGGUGGGUGGCACUGGUGGGCACAGGUGGGUGGCACUGGUGGGCACAGGUGGGUGGGCACAGGUGGGUGGCACUGCUGGGCACAGGUAGAGUGGCACAGGUGGGUGCACUGCUGGGCACAGGUGGGUGCGCUGCUGGGCACAGGUGGGUGAUCUGCUGGGCACAGGUGGGC